AUGGAGAUGUUCGCUGAGAGCCGCAAUCUGGAGAGGGCUCUUCCACUUGUCAGUGGUUCCUAUAUGUCUAAUGCAUUUGUUGUGGCCUGGAAUUCUAAGAUUGGGUAUUCAUCACCAACACAAAGUGAGAUUAUAAGCAGUAUUGACCUAAGUCUUUCUGAGUUUUCUGUAUUUGGGUCGCUUUCAAAUGUUGGGGCAAUGCUAGGAGCAAUAGUCAGUGGACACAUAGCUGAUACCAUUGGACGAAAAGGGGCAUUAGUGGUGGCUGCAGUACCCAAUAUUAUUGGAUGGAUUGUCAUCACCUUGGCACAGAAUGCUUCAUUACUCUAUUUGGAAAGAUUGUUGACAGAAUUUGGGGUGGGAGUUAUCUCAUUCACAGUACCAAUAUAUAUUGCUGAAAUAGCUCCCAAACACUUGCGGGGAAGUCUUGGCACAGUAACACAGCUUUCUGUUUCAAUUGGCAUACUGCUAGCGUAUCUUUUUGGACUUUUCCUUAACUGGAGGUCUUUAGCAAUUGCAGGCAUAGUGCCCUGUGCCCUAUUGAUCAUUGGGCUCUUUUUUAUCCCAGAAUCUCCUAGAUGGCUGGCAAAGAAAAAAAGUCCACUAUAUGAAGAUUCAUUGCAAUCCCUUCGUGGUUCUGAUGCUGAUAUAUGUUUUGAAGCAGUUGAAAUUAAGAGUGUUGUAGAGACUAACAAUCAACAAACCAGUGUCAAAUUGUCUGAACUACGUGAACGAAGAUAUGCACUCCCUCUGACUAUUGGCAUUGGGCUGCUUUUAUUACAGCAAUUGGGAGGAGUCAAUGGCAUUAUGUUUUACAGCAGCUCUAUUUUCAAGUCUGCUGGAAUUUCAUCGGCCAAUGCUGCAUCUGUUGGGCUUGCAUGUAUUCAGGUCAUCAUGACUGCAAUUACUGCAUGGUUAAUGGACAAAACUGGAAGACGGAUACUCCUAAUUAUCUCCUCUGGAGGAAUGACUAUAUGCCUUCUCCUUGUUGGUCUUGCCUUUUAUUUUAAGGUAUUCUUUUUUUUUUUAUCUCGACACUUUUUGACUUAUGUAUUUUGGAAUAUACUCCUGUCAUUCUAUAUGGUUGACUAA